AUGAAGAAGAAACUCAAAGCAGCAGGGGAGAAUGAAAGAGCUUGUUGGCCUUGGAGUGUUUUAUAUGUUAUAAAUUGUAACAUUCUGUUUUAUCUUUCAGGUUUUUCCCUGGCAUUGUGUCACUUCGGAUGGGCCUCCGAACUGGUUUGCUACUUCACAAACUGGUCUCAGUACAGACCUGAUGUUGGCAAGUACAUGCCAGAAAAUGUGGAUCCACAUCUGUGCACUCAUUUAAUUUAUGCCUUUUCCAUUAUUAAUUCGACAAAUGAGUUGAUCACUUCUGAAUCUAAUGAUGAAACUCUGUACAAAUCUUUCAAUGGACUAAAGGAAAAGUAUGAGCUCUUGGAAGCAUAUGAGGCAGAGAAUGCUGCCACUGGACGUCCCAGACUCAUGCUCACUGCUCUAGUGGCUGCUCAGAAAGGAACCAUUGAUGCUGGUUAUGAAAUUGCAGAAAUUGCCAAGUAUUUGGACUUCAUUAAUGUGAUGACCUAUGACUUCCACGGCUCAUGGGAAAAUGUCACUGGGCACAACAGUCCUCUGUACCUUGGCUCUGGAUACACAGGAGAGAACAUCUAUAAUACUGAUUUUGCAAUGAAAUACUGGAGAGAUGAGGGCGCUCCUGUGGAGAAGCUGAGGAUGGGCUUUGCUACAUAUGGAAGAACAUUUCGCCUGUCUUCACUUUCUGGACCCAGUGGAGCUGGAGCUUCAGCUAAUGGUUCUGGAUCAGCUGGAAAAUACACCAGAGAGGCCGGAUUCUGGUCCUAUUAUGAGGUCUGUACUUUCCUUCAAGGAACCUCUGUGAAAUGGAUUGAGGAUCAGAAAUUUCCUUAUGCAACAAAAGGAUAUGAAUGGGUGGGAUUCGACAACAAGGAAAGCUUUGAGACUAAGGUGAACUACCUAAAGGAGGAAAAGUUUGGAGGAGCUUUCGUCUGGGCUCUGGAUCUUGAUGACUUUACAGGACAGUUCUGUGAUCAGGGCAAAUACCCUCUCAUUGGACAUCUCAGCACACUUCUUAAUAGAGGUACAUCUCAUAUCUUAAUCAAGGGCAUUAUUGUCACAGAAGGGGAAAAAAAUCAUGCUUUGGUAAAUCAAAAUUAUGACAUGAACAGACUUUAAAAAACUUGCUUUAUAAUUAUGAGACAAGAAUUAGAAAUGAUGAGAUGCUUAAUUAUAAUUAUGAGACAAAAAGUAGGAACUGAG